UAGGGCUUUGCUCGCGAGAUGGCAUUCUUCGCGUUUCAUGGCGAUGGCGGGAGCUGGCGGCAAUGGAGCCGAUGUCGCAGCCCUCAAUCCCGAGCAUGCGAUCCGCCAGGAGAAGCGUCAGAUGCGUACCGCUGUCCGGCGCAAAUUGAGGGAAUUCGCGGCAGCGCAGCGGCAGAUCGAAGAUGCGGCUAUCCAGCACCACGUCCUCGACGCUCCCUGGUUUAAGAACAGUAAAAGACUGUGCGCCUAUGUGAGCUGUGCCGCACUGAGAGAGGUGGACACCACAAAAAUCGUCGCUCACAUUUUUAAUCCCGAUGAUCCAGGGCAAGCCAAGAAGCUUUAUCUCCCCCGUGUACAAGACAAGCAAAGCCAUAUGCAAAUGCUUCACGUGAAGAGCUACGAUGAUCUGGUACCGAAUUCCAUGACGAUCCUCGAGCCGGAGCCAGUCGAUAAAUCUGGAAGCCCAAGAGAAGAUGUUCUAGACACGGAUGAGCCUUUAGAUCUUCUCCUUUUGCCCGGCUUGGCUUUCGAUUUAUCCGGGCGACGUCUUGGUCGUGGUGGAGGGUACUACGACUGUUUGCUUUCGAAAAUACUCGAGUCGAACGAAUCAAAAGGCUGGAAACGUCCGUUGCUAGUGGCUCUGGCGUACUCUCCUCAAAUCGUCGAUGGCUCUGUACCCGUGGACGAGACCGAUGUUCCCGUGGAUGCUCUCGUACGAGCCUCUGGCGUGACGGCGAUAUCGCCAUACGCCCGGCAACAAAUUCUCACGGACGAAGCAAAGUUUUAGGCUCUGGUGGUACGUUUUUCUUUGAGGCAAACUCUUCGUUGUUUGUUGAGUUUAAAUGCAUAGGAAAUCUCGAAUCGACAAAGCAAACUUUAGAGAAUCGCGAUUUUAAAGCAUCGAUUAUCAACCAUCUUGUUGGUAGAUCGCUUGCUUGAAAUUUCAUGAGUUUAAUAGUUUUGCCC